UUGUCCAAAGAAAUAGAAAACCGUCGCCCCCCCUCUCUCUCUCUCUCUCUCUAGAAGAAUUCGUAUCUCUCUGGCUCUGUGGAUCAUUCUUCUCUCUCGUCAAGUGGUAAUCGGAGGAUUAGCAACUCAGGCUUCUGCGCGGUAGACGAAUUCGCAGAGAAAUGGCGGAUCAGCUCACCGAUGACCAGAUCUCCGAGUUCAAGGAGGCCUUCAGCUUGUUCGACAAGGACGGCGAUGGCUGCAUCACCACGAAAGAGCUUGGAACAGUGAUGAGGUCCCUUGGGCAGAACCCGACUGAGGCAGAGCUUCAGGACAUGAUUAACGAGGUGGAUGCCGAUGGCAAUGGAACCAUUGACUUCCCUGAGUUCCUAAACCUGAUGGCGAGGAAGAUGAAGGACACCGACUCGGAGGAGGAGCUCAAGGAGGCCUUCAGAGUCUUUGACAAGGACCAGAAUGGGUUCAUCUCCGCAGCAGAGCUCCGCCACGUGAUGACCAACCUUGGGGAGAAGCUGACCGAUGAGGAGGUUGACGAGAUGAUCAGGGAGGCCGAUGUUGAUGGCGAUGGCCAAAUAAACUACGAGGAGUUCGUCAAGGUUAUGAUGGCCAAGUAAACAACAGUAUUACUGAAACCCCGCCACGACACCUUUCCAAAACAGUAGAAAAAAGGGCAUCUCUAUUAGUUUCUCCUUUUUUGGCAAUUCUUAUAUGAUAUUGUCAUUGAAACCUGGGUCUUGAGAGGGGAGUUGUACUCUGGUUUUGUGAUGGAAUGAUCCAUCCUACUAUCAGUGUCUUGUGACUCAUUUUCUUUUCAAAUAUUUCUUGCAGAAUGUGUUCUUCCUCUCCUCCCAUGCUUCUUUUGUUCGAUAUUCAAUAUCAGAUCAAUGAAUUCAUAGCCCAGCCA